AUGUCGGUCCUUCGACAGCUCAUGUCCAACAGCAAGACCCGCUCCUCUGGGGGCUGUUGGACCUGUAGAAUGAGACGCAAGAAAUGCGCUGAGAACCGCCCAGAGUGCGAUACUUGCAAGGCUCUUGAAAUCACCUGCUAUUUCCAGGAUGAAAAGCCGGAUUGGAUGGAUGGCGGACCCAAGCAGAGAGAGAUGGCUGAUAGGAUCAAGGCUGAGGUGAAGAAGCAGGCCAGCCAGAGGAGGGAUCGCAAGUAUCUAGAGAUGCUGGAGGCAGGGACCAAGAUGGUGAGCAUAAGCGACACUGACGAUCCACAGGCCAACGGGGGCCGUGGAAAGGUCCCCAUGUCUGGUGCUUCAGAUACCGACCCGUCGCCUCGUAGCCAUGGAAUCGGCUCAUCGCCAGAAUCAAGCAACACGAAUGGCGCCUCACCGCCCGAAGUGCCGUGGCACAGCCAGGUCUUUGUGCGGCAAGAGGAUAACGACAGUAAACUCGACAACGACCUCCACUUCUUGAUGAUUUAUCUCGAUUACGUCUUCCCCUAUCUGUUCCCCCAUUACCGGCCGCCGGUUCUUGCGGGAGGCCGUGGCUGGAUCUUGGACAUUCUGCAACGCAAUAAAUGCGUCUUUCACACUGCGGUUUCGCUGGCAAACGCAUUCUUCGCCAUUGUUCUGGCAGAUGGAAAGCAGGAGCACGAGCAGUGUGCGAUGCGCAUGGUGCACAGCCUGGAGAGCCAGCUUGAACUCGGCCUCAAAGAACUGUCCAAGGAGAUGUGCUUGAUCAACGCCAGCAAAACCGGCUUCGACAAGGAAAAGGGUCUUGUCGUGAUGCAAAGCAUUGUUCAAAUGCUCUUCUUCGAAGUCGCGACCUCCAAGAAGGAGAACUGGCGACUGCAUCUCGAUGCUGCGAUUGCAUUGUUUGUGCAGAUAUUGUCCGAACCGGAACAGUGGACGGGGACGCUGCACAGCCUGUACAGUCCGCGGUGGCCUCCGCCUGAGAUUGGCGCGAGAAGACCCUGGAGCACCAACCAGGCAGCCCUGCGAUUUUUCACGGCGACUCUCAUAUACAUUGAUGUGCUGUCGAGUGUGACGCUCGGAAGCUCACCGCGCCUGCUCCGAUAUCACGACACUGUUAUCCCAGCAUGUGCAGAAUUCCAAAGAAGUAUCGAGCCUACGCCUGCUGGGCCGCUGACCAUGGAUGAGUUCUUCGGCCUGCCCAACUGGAUUAUCCAGCUUCUCGGCAACGUCGCCGCGUUGGAAUCCUGGAAACGCGAACAACAGCAAAUGGGCUCACUUUCAACCAACGAGCUGGCAUCGCGAGGAAAAGUGCUCUCCGACGGAAUCAAGACCGGGCUUGACCUUUUAGAGAACCACCCAGAACUGCGAUACCCGCCGCAGGGUGUAUUCCCGCUGCUCGUCGCAGACCCUGUGACGGGAGCCCACGCAGAGGCGCAACCGAGGUUCCAGAUGAUUUGGCUGCUUGCAACGCUGAGCUACCUGCAUGUCGUCGUCUCAGGAUGGCAGCCGUCCAGCCCUGAAAUCCGCUGGUCUGUGUCCAAGGCAACAGAGCUGCUCACCUCGCUCCCGACAGGAGCCUGGCUGAGAGCGGUGGCUUGGCCCAUGUGCAUUUGUGGUUGUCUUUCGCCGCCAGAAGACGAAGACAAGUACCGCCAAAUUGCGCGGCGACUUGGCGCGCUGCAAAUAUUUGGCACUGUCAAGGAAGGAAUGGAAGUCAUGGAGAAGGUGUGGUCCAUGCGCGGACAGAUUGACGAGUCCUGGGACGUGGCACGUUGCUUGAAUAUCUUGGGAUAUGGAAUACUAUUGAUCUGA